GUUUGUUUCUUUGCCCUCCCUUUCUCGAUCUUUAAUACCCCCUUCGCUCUUACCUGAGAGACCGAACCCCACUUACAGAGAUACUAGCAGCAUUACCCAACCCUAACCACCGACAUGGCAACUGCAAGCUCCUCUGGACUGUCUAGCCUGGGAAGGAAAAAGAAGGCCCCUGGCCUUAUGGAUCAAAUUGGGAACUUCUUUGGAGGGGACAAGAAGAGGAAGAGCAAGGGUUCUUUCCGUGGCCUGUCCUCUCCUGUCAGACCUGCCAAGGCAGCCCCUAAGGGUGGGGAGAACGCUGUUGUGCGCCUCUUCAGAACGAUCGUGUCCCCUGCCCCUCCUAAGUCUAGGUGGACGGCAAUGACUGCGAAACUAGGCCAGAAGUCAACAGGAUCCGCCAAGGCGAAGAAGGCCAGUGCAGGCGACAGCGGAACCCUGUCCAAGAUCUUCAAAAUGUGAUGAUAGCCACCAUUCAGGCACAAGCCGGACUGGGUCCCUACCCAAAAAAUGAGGUCCCUUUCAAGAGCACAAAGGCAGACGUCAAGGAAAGGGACACGAGUGGGGGAAAACAAAGAAGAUAAAAGAAUGGAUCUUUGUCGACUCACACACACCUCUUCCCUGCUUUUCUAACACUUUCAUUUUAUAACUCAAAUGCACCCGGCUGGUAGAUAUAGCGACACAAUCUGUGCCCCCACACCCCGCCCCUGCUCCUCCCUCCCGCCUCUCCUGUGCAACCAUCUUGGAUGUGAACUGUUGCCGAAGUCAUCCGGACCCCCCUCUCACAGCCUAAAGGACCCCUGUCGUAGCUCUACAGUACCUGUGUCUUCAUUUCUAUUUCUCUGUCUGUCUGUCUGUCUGUCUGUCUGUCUGUCUGUAUAGUGUCGUCUAACAAGGCUGGCUAUCUGGACCAGACCUGGCUGAAGUAGCUUAGGUCCAAUUGACCUGGCCCUGACCGCCUGUGGUUAUGAAAGUGUGACCAGGUCUGGUUCUGGUUCAGAAACGAACGAUUAUCUGUCUUGUCAUGCUCGUCUUUGUCGUCGUUCCCGCCCCAAACCCCACACACUCACCCAUUUCCUGUACAACCUGACAUGAAUUCAUAGCUAAGCAUCGUCUUACUCAGCUUGCAUGGGUUGUUGCGAUGGCCAGUUGGCCAUGUGUUUGUACGUCUUUACCGUCCCGUGUCAUCAGUGUAAGUGUCCCGUCUUACGUGUUGCUGUCCUUCCAUGUUUUUACAUUAGGGUCUAUGGCUGGCUGUGAUCUUCGGAGGUAAAAUGACAUCGAGCUACUGAAAGUUAACCCACUAAAAGUCUCGCCUGUAGUAUCCACUGAAUUGUAGAAAUCAAUGGAUGAUGUUAUCAUUUCUAAUAUUAUUCUCAUUCGAUUUUCAGUACAUGUAGAUUGAUGAGGACACUAAUGUGUAUGGGAUUGGGAGUUUCCCCAUCCAGAUAUAACGGAGAUUUGUCUAAAGUGCACUGUUUUGACCUUUGAAAAGCAGACACGGACUGCUCUGAAACCAAGCUCACGCCAGACCUGCCACAAACAUGGCAUUUCCAAUGGCAGGACAGAUUCAGACCCUUUCCCCCAUUAGGUGUGGUCUUCUCUGUCUUAAGUAUCUCUUGCUUCAUAUAUCUAUCGAAGCACUGCACAAAAUAUGAAUACAAAACAGCUAGCUAAGCAAUACCAUUUCUGACUGCCAAAAACUAUGUGCUGUGUUUACUCCAUGUGGAUCUUAAAACACCAACACUGUCAUAAAGGUGCUCCUUAUUUAACUGUGUAAAAAGCAUAAAUGUUAUUAAAAAAAAGAUGAAGAUGGAUACAGAGGGCGUGGAGUUUGUUGACCAAGGUACGAGCGAUGAGUUGCAUAAAACUGCUUAUUACUGCCACUGUACUGUCCAAUAUCAUCCCACCAGUCUUUCCUCCAUUUGUUUAAGUAAAUAAAAAACGUGUGUAAUCUGUAGCAUACUCUGCCUGUCCCCCCCCCCCAUCACCCAUCACCCAUGUCUUAAUGCGCGCACAUGUUUUUGUAUGGGUCCUGUGAAUGAAUGUAAAUGAAACUCUCGAGACCCUCAUUGUUGUAUCGGUAAUAAAAAGAUGUACGACCAGCCACUUAAUAACUUGGGAAAAAAUAAAGGAAUUAAAAAUCAUUAAAUCGUUA